UCAGUGUCAACACACGUCACGUUUCCGUCCAACCUUAAACCUAGAGCUUUUUCCGAGCAUCGUGUUUCAUUUCCUGACCGGUCGGGCUUGCGUGCUGUGGGCUGCCUUCCAUCUCUUUGACUGCUUUACUGGAUACGUUCGUCUCACAAGGUACCCAGAUUCACUCUUGCUCCUGUUCUUCGCACCAGUUCAUUGUUCUGUAGCAGUACGUUUUCCCUCAAAACUCCCGCCAUGGUUGAAAAGAUGUCGUCCUUCGGCAAGAUGCUGCUCCGCCGCCGCAUGCUGGACCUCUCCCAGGAGGAGACCCGCUUUUUCCGCUGCCUGACCACGCUGGACCUCAUCGCCCUGGGCGUGGGCUCGACGCUCGGAGCCGGCGUCUACGUGCUCGCCGGCGAGGUGGCCAGGGAGAAGGCCGGCCCCGCCAUCGUCCUCUGCUUCUUCAUCGCGGCGCUGUCCUCCGUCCUGGCCGGCCUGUGCUACGCCGAGUUCGGGGCCCGCGUGCCCAAGACGGGCUCCGCCUACCUUUACAGCUACGUGACGGUGGGCGAGAUCUGGGCCUUCAUCACCGGCUGGAACCUCAUCCUCUCCUAUGUCAUUGGUACCGCAAGUGUGGCUCGUGCGUGGAGCUCCACUUUCGAUAAUCUGGUGGAGCAGAAGAUCUCCAGCUUCUUCAAGGCCUCCAUGUCUAUGAGCGUUCCUGGGAAAGUGUUGGCGGAUUACCCAGACCUUUUUGCCCUCAUCUUGGUGCUUCUGCUCACUGGACUGCUGGCCUUUGGCGUGAGCGAGUCGGCGUUGGUGAACAAGAUUUUCACCGGAAUCAACCUGGUGGUGCUGGGCUUCGUCAUCAUCUCCGGCUUUGUGAAAGGAGACUCCACCAACUGGAACCUCACAGUGGAGGACUUCAUGAACAGCACCAAUGUCACCAAUCCAGAGACCAUAGCGAGCAUGUUUGGAAGCGGUGGCUUCGCUCCAUUUGGCUUUAAAGGGAUCCUGUCAGGCGCCGCCACCUGCUUCUAUGCUUUUGUGGGGUUCGACUGCAUCGCCACCACAAGUGAGGAGGCGAAGAACCCCAUGCGCUCCAUCCCCAUCGGCAUCGUGGCCUCCCUGCUCAUCUGCUUCUUUGCCUACUUCGGCGUGUCUGCCGCCCUCACCCUCAUGAUGCCGUACUACAGCCUGAACACCCAGAGCCCUCUGCCUGAGGCCUUCAGCUACGUGGGCUGGGGUCCCGCCCGCUACAUCGUGGCCGUGGGCUCGCUCUGCGCCCUUUCCACCAGUCUGCUGGGCUCCAUGUUCCCCAUGCCCCGGGUCAUCUACGCCAUGGCGGAGGACGGCCUGCUCUUCCGCUUCCUGUCCCGCAUGAACGAGAAGACCAAGACCCCCAUGCUGGCCACCAUCGUGUCCGGUUUCGUGGCGGCUCUGAUGGCUUUUCUCUUUGAUUUGGCUGCUUUGGUGGACCUGAUGUCAAUCGGGACCCUGUUGGCCUACUCCUUGGUCGCAGUGUGUGUGCUCAUCCUAAGGUACCAGCCAGGCAGCCUGAAUUCUGCCAGUCAGAGCGAGAAGCUGGUGGAACUGAUCGGGGAGGAGAAGGUUGCCAUGACGGCGGGAGACAGCGCCGACGAGGACAGCCCCGAGCUGGAGAGCCGCCGCCCCCUGAAGGAGAGGUUCUCCUGGAGGCUCCUGCUGAAUCCCAUCUGCGAUUCCCCGACCAAGACCUCGGGCACCAUCGUAUACGCCACCACGGCGAUCAUCUCUGUGCUCUUCACAGUUCUGUGUAUGGUUCUGGCGGUGUGGCCAGCUGAGCUGUUGGAUGGGCAGCCGGGCCCGCUGGUUGCGUGUGUGCUGCUGAUUGUGCUUUCCGUAUUCUGCACGGCCAUCAUCUGGAGGCAGCCCGAGAGCAAGGAGGCUCUCACCUUCAAGGUACCUCUGCUCCCUCUGCUACCCUUGGCGAGCAUCUUCAUUAACGUCUACCUCAUGAUGCAACUGGACCUGGCCACCUGGUGUCGAUUUGCCGUGUGGAUGGUCAUUGGCUUCUUAAUUUAUUUUGCCUACGGUAUGUGGCACAGCAUGGAUGGCGCCAGUGGUUCUUCCCAAAAGUAUGAGCCAGCCCUCCAAUCAAAGACCCCCAUCUAUCUAGGGCGGGAUGAAAGUGAAGUGGAAGCAAUGACACCCUGAAAGUAGGGAGGGGGAGGGGGAGAGGACACCCCACCCCCCCCCAAAGAAAAAAAAAAAAACAAGAACAGUAUCCUGUAGCUUGAAGACAAGAGUUCAGUAGGGCCAGCAUCAUUCCUGCUGUCUCUGCACCAUCCGUCGAGUGCGUUUUGCUUUUGCGUUUAACAUUUGGACGUUGGACACUCCCAAAGGUUGAUUAGAAAAAAAGGCUUUUAAAACACAUGAAGAGAAUUUUAAAUAAGACCAAAAAUGUAUUUAUUUAAAAAAAGACAGCAUUGCUGGUGUCCCAGGUGUGACUCCCCAGGGUACCCCGAGGGCUUGGGCUUUCCGCUCUGUCAGAAGCGGAUGGGUGUUCAUGUGCCUGUGAGUCCAAAACCAGUAUUGCCCCUUACCUGUAUAUUAUUGCUGAAAGUACAUUGCAAAGCCACACCAGGGAGACCUUGAAGCUUAAAACGUAUCUGUCCUCGCACAAUUUCCCUUGAGGACCUGACAAUCGUAUCUCUGUCUCCCUGUCGAGAGUUGAUGUAUUUAUUUUUAUCGAGCGAGUAUUCAAAAGUAAUAAGAAAUUACUUGAACAAUUUUGUAUAGCAGUAUUUUUGAAGGUUACAUUUUCUGCUAUGUCCUCUUUUUGUUUACGAGAGAGUACGGAGACUCGUAUGUGUAUAGUUUUAAAUGCAUAAACAGCAUAGCUAAGUGAAGGACAAAAAGUGAUAAAUGCUAUCACACUUGCAGCAGUAGAAAUAACAGAAUAAUGGUUAGAUAAAAAUGCUGUUUUUAGUUUUUGGUGUGCAUCUGUGUACCAGGACUUUGUUUUAAUAGUGCACUCGCAAGGUACGUGAAUUAAGCUGUAUAGGAUAUUUUUGUAACGUGAUAUAUAAUCUUAAAUAUAUCAAAGCAUCUGGCUGUUAACUCCUAGUUGUCAUGUAAAUGUAUGUCAUUGUGUUUGGGGUCAGGGGCUUUCAGGAGUUAAUGGAUUUGUGUCAUAUGUAAGGAAGGCCCUGUAGUGAACAGGGCACUCACUGUUGUAAAUUUGUUCUGGUACAGUUUGUCAUUAAUGGAAGAUCAUGGCCUUUGCUGUGUCAACUUCGCGUAAAUAUCGAUAAUUUCCUGUAUGUAUAUAGUGCCUGUAUAUUUUAAGACUAAUAUUGUGAUGCUUUUCUGAAAUGUGGCAGUAGGAAUCUUUGUUCUCCAAAUAGCUUUGGGCUUGUCAGCACUCACAUAUUCUUUAGAUAUAAAUAUUUGUGAAAAGGUUCUGGUCUUCUCACAAACCAUUUUAGUUUCCAUUGAAACGGACUGUACUUUAACAGCUUGGCUGUUUAAAAAUCUGUUAGCGAUCUCGUAGAUACUGCUGAAUUUUUGUUACUUUAGUGAUGUUACGUUCAAGUUGGGAUAAAAUUCUUUCUAUUUAUUUAUUUUUUCUUUCCAUUCCUGGGAUGGAAGUAACCAGUCGAGUGAAGGUUUUUUCCCCCCGCUACCUGAGCAAACCUCUGGAAGUGGAUGUGCCUUUCAUUAGGAUUCUGGGAAAGCACUAGUCUGAGUGUACUUACAGGAAAUUGAGUACCUGGGUUUUUCUACCCGAUGUUGCAAAGGCUUGUGUUGGAAACCGUUUAGUAGAUCAGAUUUGUUUAACAUGCUUAAACUUGCCUUUUCUUUAAAGACACGUACAAAAUGUUUGGCUAAUGUAAUUGUCGUUUAACUUUUCAGACCAUGAAUAUAUAAAUACCACAAACCCCUAAAGUACAUUUUUAUAAUUUAUUUUUUUUCGCCCAAUUCAGAAAUAAAAUGGACGUGACACUAUUGUACAAUCAAGCUUAAAAAGCAUACUUGCAGGUUCUGAUUGAGACAUUUCUAACACAUUGUGUUACCAGAAAUGUUGAGAUCUUAUGCAGCAGAUAUCUGUACAACUGCCAGUACAGUGACAGUGCUUCAACUUUGAAAGCCUCCUUUAGUCUUUUUUAUUCUGUAAAUAUGUGUAUGUGUUCAGUUUAAAUGUAUUCCUUUUCUAAUAAAAUAUUUACUUUUAA